CAUCUAUCUCUAACCUACUGUGUUAUCAGCGUAGACGGAGCCCUGUAGCGCACACUUGAACUGUUUAUCUAGUAAUACCCAGGUUGACACACGGAAUACCAUCGACAAUCCUUUUUCCGUAAAUUUCACAAAGCCACGCUACCUCUUGGAGACACAGGUAUCCUGGAAGUGUCAAUCAGGAUCUGACAGACUCCAGGUGGCGCAACACCACUGCGAGCCUCACAAACAACAUGGCGGCGGGAGCGGUGUUAGCUCUGCUCUCACUCUCUGUUAUCGUAAAUGGAUUGCAGUUCAAUGGGAAAAACGGAUUUGGCAACAACAUCCACCAGAAUGUCAACCUACAUGACAUUAACAAACGUUCGGAGAAAGGCUCCGAUGUAUACUCUCACCUAGCAGCCCUGAGUGGUGGAUCUGUGAUUGACAGCAACAAGACAGACGUAGACCACGCCUCCAGCAUCACAGUGGCUGAAGCAGCUCUGGCGUCGCCUGUGGUAGUCAUGGUGACCCAUGUCAACGCUACACCACCACGUGACGUGACUUUCAGCGUCGACUCUGCCCUGACGUUGAUUCUGGUGGAGGUCACAGGUCACAUCACCAAGUCUGCCAUCCAACUCUCAGAUCCUAAAGGAGUAUCUCCAGUCAACGUCACGCUGGCUGUGGAUAGUGCUGGGGCACUUGUGUACAAGAUAGUCAAGCCAAGCCCAGGUUCUUGGAAGCUUCACUUCAGCGACAUGCUGCAGUAUGACGUCAUCGUCAAAGGGAACAGUGACGUCAGUUUUCAGGCCCAGUUCAUGAUGCUGAAUCCAGACACAGGCUACGCCAUUUCUGUCCCCGGAGAUCCCCCAGCAGGAAAAAAUCUAACUCUGGCCAUAGAAAUUAAUGGUGUCGACAAAACACAGAAUAUCACAGCUGUGACGUUGUACGCACUGAAUGGUGACGUCAUCAAAUCUGCAGUUCUGGCACCUGUGGGACAUAUGGGCGCCCGCUAUAAAGCAGCAAUAAAUCUUCCAGCAAAGGCUCUCCGUCUCGGCGUCACAGGUAAAGACACCCACGGCUCCCCCUUGACUCGCGUCUCCCCCACAGCUGUCACCCCUGAGGCCGAGCUCACCGUCACCUUCCACGACACAGAAGGUGUCAUUCAUCCUGGUCGGACGUUGCUCCUACCCUACACUGUCGUCAACCACGGCGAGCGUGGCAACUUCACCGUCAUGGUGACGUCGGAGAGCACGGCUCUGCAUCCCAGUAUCUCCCGCGCCGUCUUCAGCAUCAACAACAACGCCUCCUACACCAGCAACGUCACAGUCAUCACCAGUACAUCUACACCAACAGCGGGGAACAUCCGGGUGACUGUGACGGGGCCGUCUGGCUUCUCUCAGUUUGACACAGUGCUCGUCACCACGGCACCAACCACGGCACCAACCACCAGGCCCGACAGUGGGAAUGGUGGCCCAGUAGGCGCACCUGCUGUGUAUGUUACCAUGGUUACAGCUGCGCUAGCCAUCUCGGCGAGGGUGUGAGCCGGUGGAGUGGACCGAGCAUCCUCCUGCCCGGUGAAGCUGCUUUGUUUUGACAUAACGUGAUUUCCAAGGGAGACAACUGGAUCUCAGAAUAAGCCAACAUUACCUCAGUUUCGUAUUUCUCGAAUAUUUUUCACGAUCGCGGUAGUCUGUCAUACAGACCCUGAAACAAAUAUAUCCAAUACAGCCCCUGCAAGUCUCUAAUGUUUGGCAAGUCUAGAUUACUGCAGUAUCAGGGAAGAAAGUCUCUGGGCUCCUUUUCAUUAUAUUUUAUAACUAUUAUUUAACAACUGUUUUUUCUGUAAAAUAUGUUCAUUUCAGAACUGCACUGCAAACCUAGACUUACUCGAACCAUCCCUGAGUAAAAAUCUGCAGAGUAAUAGAAAGCAUAAUUACUAGUUUCGCCUCUUUGACUUCGUUAUGCCCUCUCUCGAUAAACGUAAAGAAACUGUAGAUCACCGGUGACUGGACUCUCACGAGGAUAGACAGACUUUGUAGUUUUGAAUAACAUAAAUAACAUUUCACAGUCAUCUUACAAAGCCCGAUACACAGAGACAAAUGACACUCACCCCCAACACGAAUAUGACCGUAAUGGCGUCUUUAACGUAGACUUUAGUACGGUUUACGUUAAAGGGGCGUAUAUCCCUCGCCUUUUGAACUAGAAAUCAUAUAACAACAACGUUUAGGGAUUGAGAAUCAGUCGUUAAUUACUCUUGUAAUAUCGUGGUAUUUCUAUAGCCCGUUGUCUUAAGAGGCGACUGACGGGAUCCGGCAGUCAGGCUCGCCGUCAUAUAGCUGGAAUAUUGCUGAGUACGGCGUUAAACAACAAACAAAUAAACAAAACUAUAGCCAGUGUCCUAUUAUCAAAGGGUGAGGUCAUGCAUCAGUAGUCCGACGUUCCCAACGUCAAUGUCGCCAUGUGUGGCGCUUCAAUGGUUGUGUUUAACUAUGUGACUGUAUCUCUGUAUCUGUGUGAAUAAAUUGGGACAGCCA